GAUGGAUCCAUCGCGACGACCUACUACGAUCUCGUCCACGAGACUUUGCACUGCAAAGAGGCAUUCUGGAAUCGUCGUGUGGGUAACCACAGGCGCCAUCAUGCUCGCCACAAUCGUACAAAACGCUGCGGCAUGCAUGUGACGUUCCUUAACGACGCCAUGCGGCGGAAGGACCGUGCCUCCGUACCGUUUCGCAAGUCUUUGGGCCACGAGAUCAAACACAUGCGGGGACAUGAUCGUGCUGUGUCCGGCGGCAACCUUGGCGGCUUCCCACACUGGAGUGAGCGCGUCGAAAACGGUAUGCCGCAGGGAAUCGCUCUCUAGCAUCCAUGCGAACAUGGCGCAUUUCGCAUUCACGUGAUGAAACGACUGACGGGACAAGGAGGGCGGCGCGAGGGUACUCGUAGGAGGGACGGCGGUCUUGGUCGCGCGAUGAGGCACCACCACAUCACGAGGCUUGGGCACUUCGUCGGCAGUAUGUCGGCGCGGCACGUACUCGGUGCCACCGCCAACAUCUAGGUAGGCAUGGUCUUCCUGGGCCAAGUUGGCAUUGAGGAGGACAUCGCUGUCAAAAUCGCCCCACCGGCCCAGCAUGGUACUUUUUUCGACAGGCAAGUCCGCAAAUACCACCAACAGUUACACAAUCCAACCAAUCGCGUAAGCCCAUUUCAUGAAGGCCCGCGCCGUGCGAAAGAAGCGGAACGACGCGGCGGGCCUGAAAUUCUGCGACGUGGAGUGGCGCUUCUUGCGCACAGCCCCUUCACCUUCGCCGACGUCCAACUUUGAAGCUGGGUUUAUCGAUCGGUUGCAAGCUGAUCACUCGCUAGGCGAUGCAUGCCACGACGUCAUGGGCAGUCCGAGGGUGCUGGCCAUACUCACAGGCGAAGCGGCCAAGGAUGACAUGCUCGACUCGCUCAUGACUGAACUCAAUACGCUGCGAGAAGCGAAAGAUCACGAGCUUCGGCAGGCCAUCGCGGACCACCAACAAGUCCACAGCUUCUCAACGUCAUUUGGUCCGAACCUGGGCGUAUUGAAGGCAACGGCUCCGUUAUCUAUCGGAGCGAUUGCGGCCGCAAAAGCUCUGGUGAAGCGAGGCACGAGUCGAAGGCAACGCUCGUCAAUCCAUAACCCCGAGGACAUGGCAGCCGCUCAAGCUACCGCCAAGGCGGCUGUGCAAGCGUCGUUGGAAAAAGCACAUGAAGACUCGACGUGUUUCAAGGCGGACCAGAGUGGAAAUGGCACUUCUGACAGACCCACAACACCGCACAUCAUAUGGCGCAAGACAGAUAGAGUGCAUAUUGCGACGGACAUCCCGAGUCACCUGUUGCCACAAACCAACCAACGAGCAAGCGCCACCACAAGCGGUGGACCAACGACGCCUCGACCACCUGAAAAACCAAAGAAAUCGUCAUACGGAGCCUGGUACAUGCCUCCACAAGUGUGGGGACGUGGAAUGAAGCACGGCACACGGCGAGGGGACGUCGACUCGUUGCGAAAUGACGAACGCGCCCUCGAAAUACGGGACCAGAUUCCCAAACUUUUCAUUGCUCGAGAGUAUCGCAACUUCAUUGUGGCCAAGAACGACGCUGUCCCGUCGUACCUCGAUUCGUCGAGCUAGAAUGUAUGAUCUGUUAGAACGAAAUCGCACAAACCCCAAAGGAGAUGAUUG